GUGGGCUAAAUGUUUGCCGUCCUGCAGACUUCCUGCUCCUAACUCUGACUCGUCAUGGACGUCUCCGACCCGCAGACACUCGGCUUCAUGGUCUUCGGAGGCUUCAUGUUCAUCUCGGCGGUCGGCAUCGCGCUGGUGUCGACGCUCUCCAUGAAGGAGACGUCGUACGAGGAUGCGCUCGCCAAGCAGCGCCGCAAAGAACCACUGCCCACCAGAGCAGAGAAGAAGAAGAAGGACAAGAACCAGGAGAAGAAGAACAAGGCCAAGAGGAAGGAUGAGAAGCUGGAGGAGGAACCGGGGAGCGACGCCGGCGACGAGGUGGCUCCAACCGAACCAGAAUCUGAACCAGAACCUGCCGCUGAGCCUGAACCUACACCAGAACCAGAACCAGAACCCAUCGUGGUUGCCCCCACCAUCGAGGCUCCUCCAGCCGCCGCACCAAAGGAGAAGAAGAAGAAGAAGUCCGCCAAGGUGGAGCCGGUUGUCGUGGCGGUGGAAACUGCCGCUAAGGAAGUUCUGAUGAUGGCGGUGGCGCCGGUGGUCGACGUUUCUCCCGUUAACGUCGUCGCUAAAGUCACCAAAGAACCGCCGGCUGCUGCUAAACCUGAAGAACCCAAAGAGGCCCCCGCGGGCAACAAGAAGAAGAACAAGAACAAACCGGAGCCAGUGACCGACUCCUCGCUGCUGUACGGCGAGCUGCUGUCCGCCGUGUCCAACCGGACGCUCAGCGAGGACCAGACCAGCAAACUGAUGGAGGUCCUGAACCAGAAGGCCGGCGACUCCUGGCAGCUGGCCUGUCAGAAAGGAGACCCUCUGUCCACCCUGAAGAAGCAGCUGGAGGAGAAGGAGAAGCUUCGGACUGCUGAGCAGGAAGUUUCCGCCGCCGCCAAGACCCGCCUCAAAGAGCUCAGCAAGGAACUUGGUGCAGAGAAAUCCAAGAUGGGCUCUCUGGAUGCGCGUCUGAAGGCGGAGCUGAGUGCUCAGACUCAGAAACUGGACGCCAUGCGGGUCAGCAUGAAGGCCGGCGAGCAGGAGCACCUGAAACUCACAGAGACGCUGAACCAGAAGGUUGUUGUUCUGCAGGAGCAGCUGGAGAACGGGCCGAACGCUCAGCUGGCUCGGCUGCAACAGGAGAACUCGAUCCUGCGCGACGCUCUGAACCAAGCGAGCAGCCAGGCAGAGAGCCGGCAGAACGCCGAUCUGGCCCGUCUGCGGAGCGACUGCCUGCACCUCAGCCGCGAGCUAACGGAGUGUAGCGACGCUCUGCGCGCCGACGAGGAGUGCCGCCGCGGCCUGGAGGCAAAGAUGGCCGCCGCCGAGCAGGAAGCAGCCCAAACCCGGGACACUGAGCGCGCUCUGCAGCAGCAUCUGCAGGAAGUGAUGUCAGAGCUGAACGCCGCACAGCAGGAGGCCGCCGCCGUUAGCGAGCUGCAGGGGGCGCUGGCGCUCAGAGAUGCCGACCUGCAGGAGCUCCGGGCCCAGCUGGAGAGCCAGGCUGCAGGACAG